UUUCUCUUUCAACCCAUUCGCUGCCUAGGUAUCACAAAUCCACAGAAACUUCGUGACACAAAGCUCAAACUCAUUUAUAACAAAUGAAUAGUUUUAGGCAGUGAGAACAUUUUACUAUUCAAUUUUUUUGGAUUAAUAUGUUCAAUUAUUUUGUAGAGGGUCCAAAUGACAAGAAGAAACUAGGAUUAUCACAAGUGUCAACAUACACGUAGAAAGUGGUACCCCUUAAUUUCAUGCACUAUGCAUCUUUAACAACUUACUUUUCUCCGUAAUUUCUGCCAUCUCUACUACUACUACUUUCUUUUUCAACUUUCCAUAGAAGAAAAUUAACACUCAGAAAUGGAGCUUCCCUUUGGGAAAUACUCCACUUCAGCUCAAAGAACCCCAAGUAUAUUUAUACUUUUAGUUUUAGCAGUUGUCGUUCUAGGUCUUAUCCCUCUUUAUCACCCAUUUAAUUGGUACUCAGGAGGUUUAAUAAUGUCUGAAAUUUCACCCACAUACUUUCCUUUCGAGGAGCAGAAGAUAGCGAUUAAAGAAGCAGAAAAGUGUGAUGUUUUCAGUGGAAAAUGGAUUUGGAAUCCGGAUGCUCCAUAUUAUACGAAUGUGACCUGUACUGAAAUCCAUGACCACCAAAACUGUAUGAAGCAUGAAAGACCCGAUAGUGAUUAUUUGAAGUGGAGGUGGAGACCUAAUGGGUGUGAGCUGCCCAUUUUCAACCCGUUUCAGUUUCUGAAUUUGGUCAGAAACACGUCGGUGGCAAUUGUGGGUGAUUCAGUUGGAAGAAACCAAAUGCAGUCUCUGAUAUGCCUCUUGUCCCGGGUUGAAUAUCCUGUUGAUAUUUCUGACAAUCCAGAUCAAUCUUUCAAAAAGUACAAAUACACAACUUACAAUUUCACUCUAGCAAUUUAUUGGUCACCAUUUUUGGUUUCAACGAAAGAAGUAGAUGCAGAUGGUCCAUGCCAUACUGGACUCUACAAUCUAUAUCUAGAUGAAGCAGAUGAGAAAUGGACCACCAAAAUUGAGGGAUAUGACUACAUCAUCUUAAACGCCGGGCACUGGUUUGCCCGGUGCAGCGUCUACUAUGUAAACAAUCAACGAGUUGGCUGCAGGUACUGUGGACUGCCAAAUGUAACUGAACUUCCAUCUACCUAUGCCUACCAAAGGGCAUUCAAAACUACUCUUAAAGCCAUCAACAAUUUAGAAAAUUUUAAGGGUGUAGCAAUUCUUAGGACGUUUGCGCCAUCUCAUUAUGAAGGCGGGAACUGGAAUGAGGGAGGUGAUUGUGCAAGGACAAGGCCAUAUGGAAGUAAUGAGACCGCGUUGGAGGAUCAAAGCAUGGAGCAAUAUAGGAUCCAAGUGGAAGAGUUUGAGGUCGCGGAGAAAGAAGGGAAGAUGAAGGGGAAGAGAUUCAGGUUGAUGGAUACAACGCGAGCCAUGUUGUUGAGACCAGAUGGUCACCCAAGUAAAUAUGGGCAUUGGCCAAAUGAAAAUGUGGCAAAUGACUGUGUUCAUUGGUGCUUGCCUGGUCCUAUUGAUUCUUGGUCUGAUUUCUUGUUUCAUAUGUUCAAGAUGGAGGCCAACACAUCCCUAGAGGAAAAUCUUCAAUGAGAGAACAAAAUUAUACAAUGUACUCUGAUUUCAUUUUUGCUUCAUUUAUAUUUAUAGGAAUCAUGUUUUUGUCAUCUAAAGAAGAACUCUGUUUCUUGGAUAUAUAGUUAUGUUGCAGUGAA